AUGUCUUCUAAGGACAACCCACCCUGUCAGUCCGUACCAGCAGCAAGCCAGGACCUUGAGAAAUGUCGAGAGGCUUCUCUUGAAACCGAGGAUGGAGCUUCCACUUCCCCCAGUUCAUUCAUCUAUCGAGACAGGGAGACAUCGCAGGUCGAUCUAUGGUCCCAUCCAUCGCCGUCAAAGACAAAUUCCCUUCAUCUAUACCGCCGUCUAUCCUUUCACCUUGUCGUCACAAACACUGUUACCCUCCUAUUCGCUCUCUGGAUCCUAUAUCUCUAUCGCGAGUGUCUCCAGCGAGGAUGCCAGUACCAGAAGCCUAGAUCCGAGAUACGAGGCGUAGCAGAGAUUCCGGUGGAAUGGACGACACGCAAGUUUCGCACCGGAGUCGAAGAGGGAGGACUCACGGAUUUCAUCGGAGGUUGGAACGAGCAUACAAAUGCUGCCUGGGAUACAAUUCUCGACGCUGGACUCAUCAAGCUCACGGAAGACCAAGCAAAGAGCCUCCCCUACAACACGACUAGAAACCCACAAGAUCCCUCCACGUAUGUCGGCGCCCUCGAGGUCUUUCAUCAACUCCAUUGUCUGAACAAUAUCCGCCAUGGAUACUACGUCCCCGAGGCAAGGGAUCUGGUGCCCGAGCCUGGAAAGCUCCUAACUCAUGCCGGUCAGUUAUUCUUCUGCCUGAACGAUGAAACCGCGCUCACAAUUCGCUCACCCGCGUUCUGCUCUCUAGACCAUUGCUUUGAUUAUCUGCGUCAGAAUAUCAUGUGCUGGUCGGAUACUACCAUCUCAUCGCUGGCUUGGUCCACCGUCCUGGACGGUUACUAUCCUCGGUUUGACCCGGUGAAGGAAUGUCUGGAUUUCGAGCAGAUACAUGCGUGGGCGACACGGAAGGAGAAUUGGCUACCGAAUGAUCCGAUUCAUGAAAGCUCCGGCUAG